CCAGUCUAUUUCUGAACCAGGAAGAUGCAAUAUGGCGCAGGGUAGUAGAACCAGAUCAAAUCAGCAAGGGAUGAACCUUUCAGGAGUUAUAGGCGUCUUGCAGGGUGUUUUUACCCCAAAUAAAUUAGUCGUAGACAAAAGGACUAUAGAAAAAUCAUGGAAAUUAAUGGACAAAGUAGUGAAAAUGUGCCAACAUCACCGGAUGAACUUGCGAAACAGUCCUCCUUUCAUUCUGGAUAUUUUGCCGGACACAUAUCAGCAUCUUAGACUUAUCUAUAAUAAACAUGAUGACAAGUUGCAUACACUCAAUGAAUGUGAAUAUUUCAGAAUUUUUAUAGACAACCUAAUGAAUAAGUGUAAAAAUACAAUCAAAUUGUUCAAAGAAGGCAAAGAGAAGAUGUUUGAUGAGAAUUCUCAUUAUAGAAGAAAUUUGACUAAACUGAGUUUAGUGUUUUCUCAUAUGCUAGCGGAAUUAAAAGCCAUCUAUCCAAAUGGUUCAUUUGCAGGAGAAAAUUUCCGCAUUACAAAAGUGGAUGCGGCAGAAUGGUGGAAGAAAUCAUUUGGCGACAGAACAAUAGUGACGUGGAAGCUAUUCCGUCAGACGUUGAAUGAAGUGCACAGUAUCAGCUCCCCGCUAGAGGCGAUGGCGUUGAAGUCAACGAUAGACCUCACAUGCAAUGACUACAUCUCAUGCUUCGAGUUUGAUGUGUUUUCAAGGCUUUUCCAACCUUGGUGCAAUUUGUUGCGGAACUGGAAUGUUUUAGCGGUCACUCAUCCGGGUUAUGUAGCGUUCCUCACGUAUGAUGAGGUCAAAGGUAGACUUCAGAAAUAUGCCAAUAAACCAGGCAGCUAUGUGUUUAGAUUAAGUUGUACACGACUAGGGCAGUGGGCAAUAGGCUAUGUGACGUCUGAUGGGCAAAUUUUACAGACAAUCCCACAGAACAAGUCACUGUGUCAAGCCUUGCUUGAUGGACAGAGAGAAGGAUUUUUCCUGUAUCCAGAUGGUAGAUCUAUCAAUCCUGACCUGAGUUAUCUGGUACAGGAUUCUCAGGAAGAUCAUAUAAAGGUAACACAGGAGCAGUAUGAGCUGUACUGCGAGAUGGGAUCAACUUUUCAACUGUGUAAAAUAUGUGCUGAAAACGACAAAGAUAUCAAAAUUGAGCCAUGUGGUCAUUUAUUGUGUACACCAUGUCUAACACAAUGGCAGGAUUCAGAAGGUCAGGGGUGUCCGUUUUGUCGCUGUGAGAUUAAAGGGACAGAAUCAGUUGUUGUUGACCCGUUUGACCCUCGGCUCACAUCUAGUAGACUCGACUGUAGCAAUAUUAGCCAGAGUAGUAAUACACCGUCUAACACAGAGCAAGAAGAGGGAGAGGAGUCAGAGUCGACAAAAUACUCUCCCUUUGAUUCGCCAAACCUACGCCGACAUGAUCUUCCACCUCCAGUUCCACCACGGAGAGUCUCACCAAACCCCUCUCCAAAUGUGUCUCCAACAAGUUCUCCCAAACUUCCAAGGCGUCAGUUGCCUCCCACACCAGCAUUUGUAGAUAAACAGAAUCAGGAUACUGGACAGAUUUCCCCACCAGUCCAACAACAGAAAGCCAUAGAGAAACAAUCAGAUACUGGGGUAUCAUAUGCAGAACUUCGCUACGAGGUACCAAACCUAGGUACAAAACAGGAGCGCAUGGAGACGGCAUACAGUGCCCCACCCCCUGGUGUGCACGCUGUCAAUCAUUCUGACCAUACACAAGCACAAACAUCAAACAUGCAAGGAGGGACUAUUUUCUCUGUGACAGGAAAUUCAAAGCCACAAGUGUACCGUGUACCGAGUGAGUACGAUGUUCCCCCACUUCCUGCACCACGGGGACGUAAUACACCAACUCUAGACACAAAAAGCACAGAUGCCAGCAGUUCAACAGAUAUACCAUUGCCAGCGCGGCGAGAGAGAUUACGAGAAAACCAAGAUGUAAAUAAAGAAAACAGUAUAUUAGACAGUAUUAACGAGGAACAUGUCGAAGCUUUGGUUGGGAAAGGAUAUAAUCGACUCAAAGUUGUUGAAGCAUUACGAGUCGCGAAAAAUAACAUGGCAAUGGCCGAGGAGAUUCUAGAGACGUUUGUUAAACAGACUUAGCAUAGACAGCUCAAAACAAAAUUGUGCUAUAGUAUAUAAUUAAUAUCUAUUUUCUUAUAUAAGAUUUUUUUUAUAUUAAGUGCUGGAUCCACAGUUGUUUCAUUAGGUUUGCCGGCAGUAUGUCAAUCAUUUUGUAUAAAAUCAUUUUUAUGAAAUACGUUAAAUAUUCUUUGUUUACUAUGACAACUUUAUCAGAAAUAGUACAUAUAGACAUUAUCUUGUAUGAAGUGUGGUAUGUUUACAGGAUUACACAUGUCAGAAAAUGUUUACACAAACUGGCAUAUACUAUAGAAAAUGUUUACACAAACUGGCAUAUACUAUAGAAAAUGAUUACACGAACUGGCAUAUACUAAAGAAAAUGUUUACACGAACUGGCAUAUACUAUAGAAAAUGUUUACACGAACUGGCAUAUACUAUAGAAAAUGUUUACACGAACUGGCAUAUACUAUAGAAAUUUUUUACACGAACUGGCAAAUACAGUCCUGUCAUAUAUAUAUAGAAUUACAGAAAGUCAUUGCAAUUUUAAUGACAUAGUGAUUUGAUUAUAUGGAAGUCGAGAUUUCAAUAUAAUUAUGUAUUGUACAAGGAAGUUAAGGAUUUUAUUUCAUAAUUCUACUUAGGCUUCAAAAUUCACAUUAGUGUCAAAAUUUAAACUAAGUGUCAUUUGAAUUAGAAGACUACAUUUAUAAGAAGAUUAUUAAUCUGAGCGGUAUUGUCUGCAACAUGUUCCUUUCCAGGUUGUUGGCUGCUCAGUUAAAUUGAUAUACAAUUUGAAGCAAAUAAGUUUUACCAUACAUUCCAGCUUUCAUAAGUGGCCACCGUCAUUUACUUUGAGUUUCCCCAACAAAUUUCCUUCUUUAAAUUACUGAAUUAAACAGCUACUUGUUUCAUGUGGUGAUCGGUGACUAUUUUUUAAAUUUCUAAAUGCAUCUUCUGUCGCAGUUUCAUUGUCAUUCACACAUUUAUUCUCUGUUAUAAAAACAGCCAUACCUUUUCAUCUUUGUUAAUCUUCAAAUAGCAAUAGCAUUGUCUAUUCAGAAAAAUAUAAUACAAACUGACAAUAUCUUAUGAAUUACGGUUUGCUAGCAGCAUAAUGUAUUCACCUGUCUUAAGUAGUAAGUUUUUUACCUCGAGUGACAGCUUCUAAAAGAUUUACAAAUGUGUUAAUUCCUUUGCUUUAUGAUGAUUUAACUAAAACAUUUCAACCUGGCAAUUGCGGCGGUCCAAUACAGAGUUGCUGUUCUUCUAUUUCCACUAACUUCACGAACCUAAUUUAGAUAGGAAAAAAUAGAACGGCAAGAAAACACUAAAAAUUUUUAUCUUGGAAACGAUAUCUAUAGCUGAAGCUUAUAAUCUGUUUUGAUUCAGUUACGCUAGCGAUGGGGCAGCCAUUUUGUUUUUAAUCAGAAUUCAUAUCUGAAAUGUACUUGCAGGAUAUGGAAUAUAUCCUGUCUCCACCUGACAUCUAUUGACCAAUAGAAAUGCAAGAAUCUUGUAGGAGGCAAGAUAAGUAUUGAAACAUGCUGGAAUGUACUGGUAAAGUAAUAGACAGGACUUUAUAACAACUAUCACAAAAAUGCAGGAAACUCAAGUUUAGAAAAUGUUUUAAAUACUGUUUCUUCAUAUUCAUUUAAACAAUACAGGCACAUACUACUUCAUACAAAAUUCAAUCUUGAAAAUCACAAGAGUGAUAAGAAUAUAUCAGUUACUAGCAAAUGCAAGGUCAGCUGUGUUAACAUUUUCUGACAGUGUUGUCCUUCCAUAAAUUCCAUGAAAAAAAAGGGCAUGAUUUCUUCCCUUUUCCCCCACACCCCUACCCCCACCUGCAGUAAAUGUUGUGCAAAAUCUCCUUACAAUUAAUACCUGACAUAGGAAAGCAUGUCUUCUCUUGUGGAUCAAUUUAUCUAGCUACGGCUACUGGGCAUAUAUAUUCAUCAAUGUUUAAUGUCUAAGACUUGGAAGGCAAAAUAUUCACUUUGCCAUAACUGUCUUUAUAGUAUAAUAGUACUGAGACCGAGACGAGUGUUGCUUACAUAGGAAGUCACAAUUAUGCAGAGUUUACUAGUUUCAAGAAUGAUUUCAGAAAAAGAAAAUUUAGCAUUUUUUUAAAUAUGUGUCUAAAUUUAGAUUUAGAUUUCUAACAUUGAUGAAUAUGGCUGCAGAUUGCAGUAAUAGUAACAAUUAUCAAUAAUAUCUUUGUUAUGUCACAAACUGAAGAAUCAAACAGCACUAUUAUUUAUGCAAAAAAUAUAACCCUUAUUUUUUUCCCAGCACAAACAAUAAGAAAGAAAAUGCCAAACAUUUUCCUUCAUGCCAAAACAAACCUCUAAAACAUUCAGGUUUUCUAAACAAUGCAGUAUCAUAUUUUGUCCAAAUGUUUCUCCCACCUGUGUAUAUAUAUAUCAUUAUCAAUGAUUUAGCUGCACAUUGAAGUAGAUACAUGUACAUGUACAUGUACAAUUUGAAACUGUGCUAAAGAUAACCUCCAAACAGGAACCAUUGGCUCUAAUGACCAUAAACUUUGGUUCCUAUUUCAGUAUUUACAGUGCAUUUUAACCGCUGAGUCUUUUUCCAAGAGUGGUCUUUUUAGACAAGUUUGACUGAACAUGAUGACCUAUCUUUAUUUAUUUUCUGACACAGUCUUUUGAUUAUGUUGUCUUCAAAACCAUUAAGAGAAAAACUACACUUGAAUUACUUCCUGUUCUAUGUAUUUCUUCAAGAAAUUGUUGUGUUUUUCCCACAUAACCUGUAGGGUACCAGACAUGUUACGGAGCAUAUUUUGAGGCAAGAAAUUGAUGUCAAAUAUCUAAGCUUAUUUCUUACAAAUUAAGUCAUAAAUCAAGUGCAUUUGGUACCAUAAACAGACAAAAAGUACAUGCUUAUUUUGUAAACAGUACAAACAAUGGAUUGAUGUAAGAGCCAUAAAGAUCAUGUUAAGAAAUCUUUUGAUUUUAACAGAACUUACAGUAAAUAAGACUUUUAGAUUUGCAAAUUGUUACCUAAGGAGCCUUGAUAUAUCUCCCCCUUAAAGCAAAAAGGUACCAUGUGCUGAUAACUAAAGAAGGCUAUGGCACCCUUUUUGCAUUAAGGGGGGCGGUACGGAGUGCUUGGAAUUAUCCGUCUUUGUAAGUAAUUAUGUCUCCUAAAAAGCUUAUAGAUUUUUACCCCCAGGAGGGAAUUUUCAAAUUGCUUGCCAUAAUGGGAAAACUUGCGGAACACUACUUUUGGUCAUUUCUGAUCAGAGUCGCAUGGUGAGGUCAAAGGUGAAAUAAGGAAUAUUUUGUGUUAUAGAAGGAUGAUUUAACAAUAUUUCCUCAGUCAUUUCCAGUAAUAACAUUAUGUACACAAGAUUCUUUCUAUCCAUAAUUUGACAAGAAAUUUUCCUUUCACGUUUGAAGAAAAUGGAGAACAGAAAACAGUUUUGGUGUAGCAGUAUGUAGGUUAAGCUGAAAGUAAAUCAGUUGCGUUGCCUCGCUCCAGUUAACAAACCCUUUAGUUAAAUUGGUUAACAAGAUUAUAUUCAGUUGAAACUAGACAUCUCAAAUUCCAAAGAAAUUUUGUUUUUUUCUGGAGUUAAAUGAUAUUGUUACUAAAUUUGUAUUUAUAGCCAUUUUACACUGUCACAUGAUAGGUGAUAAAAAAGAAGUCAUAUUGACCUGCAGCAGUGAUUUCAUAACUUUGUGAUGUCGUCGACAAUAUAAGACCAUAACACAAGAAGAAAUACCAACUGCUGAAAAUGUUUGCAACCCUUUCCAGGAGUAAUUUACCAGUUGUUGGAUUUAAUAAUAAAACAAUGGUUACCUUUAAGAUUUGUUCAGUAUGAGGAUUUAUCAACCUCACUAAAAGGCAGUAAUUUUUAGCUUGACUAUUCAGAGAAUAGGUAGAGCUAUUGGACUCACCUGUGUGUUGGCGUACCCGUCGGCAUUCCGAUUUGGUUAAGUUCUUGUGUGUAAGCUGGUAUCUCAGUAACCACUUGUGGGAAUGGGUUGAAACUUCACACACUUAUUCACUAUGAUAAACUUGACUUACAUUGCACAGGUCCCAUAACUUUUAUACAAAAUUAUGUCCUUUUUUUUGACUAAGCAAUUUUUGGUUAAGUUUUUGUAUGUAAGCUGGUAUCUCAGUACCCACUAAUGGGAAUGGAUUGAAACUUCACACUCUUGUCCACUGUGUUGAGUUGACAUGCAUUGUACAGGUCCCAUAACUCUGAUUUGCAUUUUUACAAAAUUAUGCCCCUUUUUCAACUUCAAUAUUCAUUCGAUUGGCAAGGCUAUGUGAAUAGUCAAGUGUUGCUGUCGUCCGACAGCUCUUGUUUAAAAAUCUCUUUAAGUUUUGUGCUAGCUAUGGGGUGUGUUUAUUGAAGCAGUUGUUGUUUUUCCCCCUUUAACCUUUAGUCUGCUGGCGACAAGUGAUUCUGCCUUUGCGACCAGUGCAGACCAAGAUCAGCCUGCACGUCCAUGCAGUCUGAUCAUGGUCUACACUGUUCGCUAUUCAGUCAGUAAAUUUUCAGUAAACACUCCUUCAAAUGAUAAAUGGUACUGCCCAAAUUGAAUGAUGGGCCAGUUCAUUAUAGAAAUUUAGCAGGCUAAAGGUUAAAUCUUGUUUUUGAUUCUGUUGAUCAGAAUUCAAAUCAUUUUUUGUGAUAACAUUAUUUUGUAGAUGUAUACAUGUUUGACUUGGUUAAUUUAUUUCAUGUGCUAAUUGUAAUACAUUUCAACCAUUAUUGGUAAGCCCUUUCUUUAUUUCUUAUGUAAAAAAACUUUUUGUCAAGUGCUGUUUAUACAUAUGUUGUUUAUAAAGUUGACAUUUAGAAAUGUUUUUGUUAGAUGUAUAUAAAAUAAUUGUUUGAUGUCAUGAAGUGUCAUGAGUAAAUUUAUUUUUGCGUUGAAAAAUUGGAAUAAUAUAAUUAUCUAUUUAUAUCUCUGAAAAACCCGACGUAAUUAUCUAUUUAUAUCUCGGAAAAUCUGACAUACCAAGAUGAAAUGGAUUUCUUUUCUUUCUUUUCUAUCAAGUUUGAAACAAGGAAAUUUAUAGAAUGCUCUAAAGUUAAAUGAGGCUGCAAAACUUAAUUCAUAUACUUUUAAAUUUAGGAUUAUAUAAUUAUGUCACAACAAAAUUUUAGAAGAAAAAAGAAAAAAAUUGCAUAGUUUCUUGCUGUUUCAUCUACACAUAAUUAUUGUGAUCAUAAAUGAGUGCUUUUUUUUUAUUAGAAAUUUGAUGUUGAACAUUGACAAACUUCUGAAUUAUUGUAUAAUUUAUCAUGUAUAUAGCUGCAUUACAAAUACACUUAUUUCAGGAAAGUCAGACGCUUGAAUUGCUACCAUCUACAUACAUUUAUCAUGCUGAUAAGAAUUCAUUUAAUUUUGUGUGAAAAAUUGUUCAUGGUUUUGCCCAAAACAGCUAUUUUGUAGGAUAUGAAUUGUUUGGACUUUUUCUUACUGCAAUAAAAGAAUAGGAAUUUUUCUUGUUCAUUAGGACUUAAUUUCAUGGUUCCCCAAAGAAUAUUAAUAUUUAGCCUGCCGGCGGCAAAGGGUUGUGCCGUUGCGCCCAAUGCAGACCAAGAUCAGACUGCACAUCCGUGCAGUAUCACGUUAGGUAAGCACUUUCCUGCUCAUUACUGUACAGGUACAUGAAAUGCCAUUGUUCAUUUUCACAUUCCACCAUGACAAAUGAAUUAGUUGAAAUAGCACCAGAAUUAAGUCAGAAAAGUGUUUUAGUGUUGUAAAUGCCAGGCCACUGAUAAUGUGCCAUCUCUUUAAGAAUUCAACUCAUGAAAUUUUUCUUUUGUCAUGCCUUUCUUUUGAAUUUUAACCCACAAUUGAUUCUGCCUUUGCAACCAGUGUAGAUCGUGAUCAGCCUGCACAUCCAUGCAGUCUGAUCAACAUCUGCUCUGUUUGCCAUUCAGUCAGUUUCUUUUUGGUAAGCACCCCUGUUAACAGUAUGGCACUGUCCAAAAUGAAAGAUGGACAAAUUCAUUAUAGAAAUUUAGCAGGGUAAAGGUUAAACACUGUGCCUGUAUCAGACAAUAAGUGACUAGGUAAAGAGAUACUUCAUUACUGCACCCAGUAAAUGUUCAAUUUCAUUAAUGUUGAAGAUCUUUAUUUUACUUUUUUAUGUUGUAAUGCUAUACAGCAUGUUGUAAAUUGUACACUUUGUACAAAGGUAAAAUCCACUGCAAUCCAGUGGCUAAUAUAUAUAUAUACUGUGAAAUCAUUAAAUUUUGUCGGCACAUUAUUUCUUGAUUUUUUUUUAGCAAAAAUGGCUAUUUUGUUAGGAUAUAAAUUUGUGGAUUUAGAAUUUGGAAGGAAAAUGAAUGGGAAUUUUACUUGUUUGUUAGAAUUUAAUUUCAUGGAUUUAUUCAGGGGCCUCUGUGGCCGAAUGGUUAUGGUCCCCGACCUUAAAUCUCUUGCCCCUCACGGAUGUGGGUUCAAGCCUCUCUUAAGGCAGAAGCCAUCCAGCUGGCUUAUGUAAGGUCGGUGGUUCUACCUAGCUGCCUGUGAUGAAAUAAUGCAUGGAGGGGCACGUUGGGGUCUUCAUCCACCAUGACAAGCUGGAACUCUCCAUAUAAAGACCUAUAACAUUGAAAUCCAUGAAAAUUAGUUGGCCACGAGUAUUAAUGAUUUCACAGUAUACAGACGCUGACUUUCGAACAAUCAUAUAAAGACGUUAUGCAUAUGGUAAUUGUUAUUGUACAGAUUUGUGAGCGACUGUUGCAGCUUUUUUUCUAAGAGUAUCUGUAAAGUUUUUUUAUAAAGAAAUUUAUAUCUGCUCAUCACAUGUCUGCUUAUAUAGCAGUUGUUUUUAUGGUAGAAUCACUUGUUAUGUCUCCCACCACACAGUGGUGUGGGAGACAUAUUGAUUUACUCCUGUCUGUCUGUGUGUCUGUCACAAAUCAUGUCCACAUUCUAAGUUAAAUAUUUCUCAUCCGAUCUUCACCAAACUUGAACAAAAUGUGUUUGCCAAUAAGUCCUCGAGCAAGUUCGAUAACUAGCCAAAUCGGCCCAGGCACUUUGGAAUUUUGGCCCUUUUAACUUGGUUUUGAUAAUCAAAGCACUGAAAGUCUGAUAAGGCAGUUGAGGUCUUAGUGCAUGGUUGACUCAUAUACUACUGUUCAGAUGAUUAAGCAGUUGUGGGAGACAUGCCUUUUCUCAAAAGCAGCUCUAGUUUAUAAAUGUGAAUCAGUUGUUUAUAAGAGAGAAAAAGUUGUUUUGAGUUUGUUUCAGAGUUAAUCAAGUUUCGAGUUUAUGAGAAUAGAGAAAAUGCACACAAACACAUGUAAUUAUGCUGCAUAUUUGAAGUUUAAAGUUGACACAGUGUUGAAGGAAAAACUGUUAAUACGUUUAAAUACUGCAGAUAUUUUGUUAUUUUGAGUAUUUGUGCAAAUUGUAAGUUUUUACUUUGAAUCUUCAGCCUUCCAUCAUACAUGCCAUAAUUUUUCAGGACCUUUCCGGGAUUCUGAGUUAAAAUUUCCGGGAUUUUUACCCUUUGUCCGGGACAUACACCGUGACAUUAGUAUUCGUCUGUUUCAUGCAUAAAUAUCAUAAAAUAACAUGCAGUUUCCGGAGAUAAACAUUGUUCCCUCGCUUAGGAAUAAUUUGCUGCAAAUGUCGUCUAGCUUUCUAAGGGAGGUAAAUAGGGUAAUUCACGUCUAUAGUUCGGAACGUGAAUAUUGGUUGCGUUCCCGAGGUGAACUGAAUUAGGAGACUUGCUACAUAAGAAGAAUUAACCUGGUCAUCGUGAUUUAGAAUCCGGCUUAUUUGGUAUCAUUUUUAUGCUUAAACGUUUAUCUAAUCAUUAAUAAAAUGGAAUCCUCAAAGGAAUAAAAUAAAUCUUGUAGAUAAAAUCGAUAUAAAAUAUUUCGGGUUGGGUAAAUUUUCAUGGAUCGGUCGGCAAAGGCAUUCAAUAGUCAAAAGUUUAAUUUAGAAUAUGUGUGACAAUCAAUCUACAUUUUGAAAGAUUACAACCUUUUAAAAUAAUUAUCGUUUAAUUGACCGUUAUCAGCCAUGCUACAUGUAGCUUCACCGCCUACGUGCUAAAAACAACGAGAUUUUCGGCUAUUGUUCCUAAUAUUAAAUGAUCAUAAAACUGUUAUUGAUUGCAUAAUUUUGUCAAUUCAUAAUCAGGGUCAUCAAAAUAGCCGACUGUAAAUUAAUCUGGGCCAUCAAAAGACCGCAGGGCGCGUUCAAUAUGAGUGUUGAUCGGAGCUGGCUUAAUCAACAUUUGUCCCGCUCGAGGGCAUGAAACUGAUUAUCGGAUAAUUAGGAAUAAACAAUGUGACACCGGGGACUGUUUAUUGUGUUUUAUUAAUGUAAAAUUCAACAAUUUAUAGACCAAAAAACUAGUUUUUUGGGGGGUUAUUUUUGUUUUCUGUAUUUUUAAUUUUCCGGGACAUUUCAACACUGUCCGGGACACCGGGACGAGUAUGUGAUUUCCAGGACAAUCCCGGACAAUCCGGGACGUAUGACAUGUAUGCUUCCAUGUUACCUGUUUUUGGUGCACCUUAUGAAAUAAAUACCUGAAUAAUUGUAGCAAAUGGUUCAUUUUUUACUUUUUAAUGUAACUGGUAAAAGAAGUCCUCCGCAUCGUUUACACAAAACUUUGCUCAUAUUUCUGACAUAUGUAAUAUGGCAUAAUAAGGCAAGCACACAUAUUCAUUUACCUAGUAAUGUGUGUAUCAUUUACAGUGUAAAAUAUAUGUAUUAUUUAUCAUUCAAGAUGCGUAUCAUUUAUUGUGUAAGUUACGUAUCAUUUACCUAUGAGAUGCGUAUCAUUUACCUGUAAGGUACGUAUUGUUUACCUGUUAGAUAGGUAUCACUUAUCAUGUAAGACAUGUAUCAUGUACCUGUCAUUUACCUGUAAGAUACGUAUCAAGUUCCAGAACAUUAUUUUGUUGUUGUCACUAGGCAAAAUUUUGCAGAACAGAAAAUGUAAACAUUACUUGAAAUUGCAUUGAAAGAAACGAAAACAUAGAAAAGGCAAAUACUCAGCUAUCUGACUAAAUUUUCAUGUCAUAUUUUCAUGAAAUGUAUUUAAAAUGUCAAGACAUUUUGUUACUCAUUUCAACUGUUGACAAAAAUCUUCUUCUUUUUACACAGUCCAGGGGAUUUUACUAGCAAUAUACAGUUACACACAACUUGUGUUGUUAGUAAUAAUUUAUUUUUGAGUUAUAAAACUUCCAGUUACAUUUAAAACAGUUGAUGAGGAUGGUUGAUGUGUGAGUGGUUUUACAUUGUAAACUAUAUACAUGUAUAGAUAGAAGAAUAUUUUUUGUUAUUGACUCUGUAAUGUAAGCUUACAAUUUCAACAAAAUAAAUAAUAACAAUCAUAA